ACUCUUUUUCCGGAACCUGCCUUAGUGGUUCGUGGCCUCCGAGACAACGGUCAAGAUCAACUGGGCUUCCGCCAGAAAAGAUUCGACAAGAGACCUGUUCGCAUCACAAGAUUCUCAGUUCGGAUAAGAGUGUCCUUCCGCGACCUCUGUCUUCAGAAAAAAAAAAAAGGAUCCUGCGCAACCGAGCGGAUAAAUAGUUCGUCUUCGUGUGUGGAGUCUGAAUCUGGACAUUCAAACAAGAACCUAGAAAAUGGCCGACCAGCUCAUCUACAAGCUGACGGGCUUCAUACAGAAAGCCAAGUCCUACAUGCCCGGCGCAUGCGGCGAGGAUAACUCGGGAGAGCAACUGCACUUCGCCAAGCAAGAAAACGACACCGAACUAUCAAACUUUCAGGGUCUGGGCACCGGGAGCGGAGAGGGCGGAGAGUUCGCCGAGACGACGCUGACCGAGGGCGUCAAUGGCCUGGGCCCUCAGAGGAGCGUCGACGUGGUCGACGAGUUCGGAGGCCGGGAAGGAGAGAAGAUCUCGGAGUGGCAGGCCGGAUGGAACGUCACCAACGCCAUCCAAGGUAUGUUCAUCGUGAGCCUGCCUUACUCGGUGCUCCACGGCGGCUACUGGGGCAUCUUCGCCCUCGUCUUCGUCGCCUACAUGUGCUGCCACACAGGCAAGAUACUCGUGGACUGCCUCUACGAGCCGAACGAACGCGGCGAGCUCGUCCGAGUCCGGGACAGCUAUGUGGCCGUAGCCCAGACGGUGCUGGGACCCCGGUGGGGCGGCAAGGCCGUCAACAUCGCCCAGAUCAUCGAACUACUCAUGACCUGCAUUCUGUACGUGGUGCUCUGCGGAGACCUCAUGAUCGGCUCCUUCCCCGAGGGCGCCGUCGACCAGCGCUCCUGGAUCAUGCUGACCACCAUCAUCCUGCUACCGUGCGCCUUUCUCAAGAACCUGCGCUCCGUGUCCAUGCUGAGCUUCUGGUGCACGGUCACUCAUCUCUGCAUCAACGUCAUCAUCCUCGGCUACUGCCUGGGCCGAGCCUCGGAGUGGGCUUGGGCCAAGGUCCAGUUCCGCAUCAACAUCAACAAAUUCCCGGUCACCAUGGGCAUCGUUGUCUUCAGUUACACGUCGCAAAUCUUCCUGCCAACGCUCGAAGGAAACCUGACGGACAAGUCCAAGUUUCAUUGCAUGCUCAACUGGAGCCACAUCGCUGCCGCCGUCUUCAAGGCGCUGUUCGCCUGGGUUUGCUUCCUCACGUUCGCCGAGGAGACCCAGGAGGUGAUCACCAACAACCUGCCCACCAAGGGUUUCAAGAUCGUCGUCAACCUGAUCCUGGUCGCCAAAGCGCUCUUCUCCUACCCGCUGCCCUACUUCGCCGCCUCAGCCCUGAUCGAGCACGCCUACUUCAGGGAGCGACCGAAGACCCUGUUCCCAUCCUGCUAUGCCAUCGACGGCGAGCUGCGGGUGUGGGGACUGGCCCUGCGAGUGGGUCUCGUCAUAUUUACCAUGCUCCUGGCCAUCUCGAUACCAUAUUUCGCCCUGCUCAUGGGUCUGAUCGGGAGCUUCACCGGCACCAUGUUGUCCUUCAUCUGGCCCUGCUACUUCCACAUGAAGCUCAAGUGGGACACCAUGGAGUGGUACUCCAUCAGCUGGGAGGUGUUCAUCAUGUGCUUCGGAGGCUUCUCGGGGCUCGUCGGCAUCUACACCUCGUUUGCGGGUCUCGUGGAGGCCUACCAUCUUCCGCUGCCUCACGUGCCGGUCAUAGAGUCUUAGAACGUGCCUCUUUACUAUAAUCUCGUGCCAGAGCAGCGAAUUUUUCUUUCAUUCUAUCGUUGUCUGUAUGCGUGUUCUGUGAGUCUGAGUUGAUAUGUUCGUGCAUGUUCGUGGUGAGUAACGAGAGGGAGUAUUUUUCUUCUUGCGGGGAAAGCUGAAGUGGUGGCUUGAAGUGGCGUGUUAACAACAACAAGAAGAGGUGUCACUAGCGA